GAGAGAGAGAGAGCGAGAGAGAGAGAGAGAGCGAGAGAGAGACGACCUGAUUCCCAUCGGCUCCUCCUGUUGUUUUAUCUUCAGGAAUACUGGAUUACUUUCGGCUCUGCGGCUCUAACCGACACGGUCGGGUGGCAGCAUGUCAGACUGGUGUUGAGGUGUGAGAUGAACCAUGGAGCCACACUGGAGGCAGGUCAGUAGCCAGGACAGCAGCAGCCACCACAUCUACAGCAGGAGAGGACCCGGGAGCAUGCAGCCCGACCCCCAGUAGGAGCAAGUGGACCUGGUCCUGUCCUCUUCACCUGGGACCAGGGCUGCAGAAUGCUCAGCCCUGCUGCCCCUUACAGUCUGUUGAAGAUGCACUGGUCUCCGGAGCACACUGCCCCUUUAUCUCAGUGGCCUGAGCAGCACCUAGACGUCACGUCUACCACGUCGCCCCAGUCUGCCCUCAAACAAGACCCCUACACUAGUGUUGCGCGACGCGGCUACGCCCCUGCAGGUUAUCCCUGGGCCAGUGAUGACAUAUCAGCCCUCACUGCUUCUUCACUGCUCAAACGCUAUGCUGAGAAAUACUCUGGCCUGGAAUUGUCGUAUGAACGCCCUCCUACAGGUUCCUACUCAGAGUCAGGAACUUUCCUGAAAACUGAAUCGGAGCCCUGGGCUAUAGGUCAGGGUAUGGAAUGCUACCCUGGACUGGAGGCCCUGAGUGGCUCCAAAGUGGGCUCUGCCUCUGUGGGAAUCCCAGCCACUGGAAGUGUAACGGUGGUGAGCAGUAACUUAGCCUCAGAACCAGGCUAUAGUGGCACCGGCUCUUGCAACGUUCCUCCGUCUCAGGAAUACCCUCCUUCCUACAGUAGCACCUAUCUGCCCUCAGGAUACUGCCCACAGCCCAGCACAGCACUUCCACCUGCCCCUCUACACUCUCUGCAGGCUGCACCUACUCUAGUGACCAGCUACAGCGCCAGCACACCUGUCUACAACUACCCACCAGGUUGCUACCCGCAGUCCGGCCUGUCCUCUGGAUACACCCACCCUAGUGCCUCCUACCUUUCCUCAGGAAUAAGUGCUCCCACUCCUCUGACCCCUAGGCCCACAGUGGUCGGGGGCAGUUACAGCUACCCAUCCCACAGCCUUGGAGGAACUUCUGAUGGAGGAGUGCAGCUAAAACGCAAAGCCUUUGAGAUGACGGAGGAUGUACAAGGGGAAGCAGAGGUGGAGGGAUCGCGCUACAAAAAGUUUGGCAAUGGCCAGAGCAAAGGUAGCGGGCAGGGAAAUGGCUACAAUAUUAGUGGCUUGGCCUCCGACCCACAGGCCUACAAAUCUGCAAAGCCUCUGAUCUCACCUCCUUAUGGCGGAGCAGGAGACUUUAGCCCACCGUCAGGUCUAGCAGUUGAGAGGGUAUCAGGGGAGCACACUUUUCCUCAGCCAUCAAGAAUGAAGAUACCUGCACCUCACACACGAGCAGAGGACCCCACUGGUGGUCGCUGAUAAUCCCUUAAAUUAAUUUGCAAGUAAACCCAUAUGGACACGUGUAAUACCUCUACCAAACACUAGAGGGCACAAUACCUCUACUUGUACAUCAUGUCCAUCACUUGUUUCCAAAGAUUCAAAUGGACAUUUUGGCCUCUAAGGUUGAGAUGAGUGUUGGGGGGUUGGGUCGAGCCAUUCUCCACAUAGAUCGCAUCAAGAUCGCCUGUGUCUGUUUUUCUCAGGAUCUUCUUCAUUUCUGCUCAGCCACAGUGAAAGCAGCAUCACAACCUGCUUUGGUAAAGGCCCUGGAAAUAAAAAAUCAUAACUGACCAAAAAAAAUGAAACUGACAAAUAAAUGAAACGUUGAGAUUACCAUGCAACUUUAGCACAAUCACCGCAAGGCUUUGUGCAUCACCUGACCUCAAAAAAUGAUUGUUUUUAUUUCUCACCUCAUUGUUUAAUUUCUAAUGUAGAACUCUGCCCUUUCUACUUUCUACAUUUAUUGUUGGAAGCUUUGGUUUUGUCCCCUUUGGUCAAACAAAGCUGCUUAUCAAGUAGAAGGAAAGAAGUUUUAAAAGAUCAAUUUAAACUCUUUACAUUUUAAUGUAAUAAAAGAAGGCUAAGUUAAACAUAAAAACUGGACAAAUGAAAAUUGUAUCUUCAUCUUUUAUCAUUUCAACAAUAAGACAUUUAGCAGUUGAUGAUGGACAGAAGGAAGCGGUUAAAAGAGCUUAGAAUAAACAUAUGACGUACUCUCCAGUCUGUCUCAUGCCUUGUCUUUAAUAUUUAAGAUUCUUUCAAAAUAAAGUAAUAUGGCACUUCAUAACAAAAGCAUAAACUGCUAACAUUCAAAUCUUUUUGAAUUUGCAUAAACGUUGAAAGUCACAGUUUGAGAGUCCUGCAGCUUUCUGUGGAGAAUGAGUGAGUGCCUCGUAACACUUUUCGCUCAAUGUAGUAAUUCUUUAUGAAGAAUUGCUUUUUUUUUUUACUAUGAUUUACUUCUUUUUUUAUAUGCAAUCUCUGUUCUUAAGCCUCUCAGAAGGAUGAUUAAUAGUCGUGAAUACUCAGGAAGAAAACUGUUACCUCAGAAUGAUAUAAGAAGAAUGUAUGUUAUGACCUUAGGGUGUUGGUAGCGAGCUUUAUGGAGCACGAUUUAAAAGUGUUUUUUUUUUAUGGAGCCAUGGCUAAAACUUCAGGGAAACUAAGAAACUGACAAGGCCUUUAGUGAUAUCAAACAUCCGUGCACAAACACCCUCAGCUUCUUUUUUGUUUUUAUCUCUGGGAAACUUGAAGUUUUUGUACCAAGGCCUGAAACGUUGAAUGUAAUUCAGAUUUUUUUUGUUUUUAAGGACAAUACAUGCCAUAAUGUUCAUCGAUGAUGUUUUAGAUAUAUGAAACUUGUUUUCUUUGUGUAUAGAUGUAAUUCUCAUAUAGGAUUUGGUGGAAAAAAAAAACAUUGGCAUGUUGUGUUAGUGUAGUUAGUGUUGGCAAAACAGUUCAGCUGACAAACAAAAAGCACUCCUGAAAAAUGAAAACCCAAACGUCCUUUCUGACGGAAAUGUUUAUAAAGACAGCCUUCACCUCUCAUGUCAGUUCAUUAGAAAUUUUUAACCAAAACUGAAAGCAACUCAAAGCAAAAAAAUAAAUAAAUAAGGCAAAAAAAUAAAAUAAAACAAGGAUGCUUUUAAUAGUUAAACUUAGGCUGAUAUGCAGCACCUGAAAUUUGCUGGGAUGAAAAAUGUAUUUUGACGUCCCUUUGGGAGACGUACAUUUAAAAAAGUUUUAAACCAAAAGUUCCUUUUAAAAAAACGAGCUAAGAUGAAAAAAGAACUCUUAGGUAUACAAUACUAACAUGUUGCCCCUAAUUCUUUAAAAUUUUAAGCGCUUAAGCUACAAGAAGUAAAUGCUCUUCAAAGUCGCACAAAGAACAUGUGCUACAUUAACUACAACAGCUUUUUAUUGGUUUUGCUCUGAAUAAUAGAAGUCAAAGAUUAAUUUCUGUGUUAUUUUGGUUAUUUAGUUGUACUUUUGACAUAUUUUGUACAUUCUCUGUAACCAUUUCUACCUCAAUUUGAAGACAUUGUACAUGAAAGUGUUUAUUUCAUGUCAUUUCUACACCAGUUUGUGGAGCAGUGUUUUUAAUGCUUGACCUGUUAUAGUCUACCUCACUAAAAACUGUCCUGUCAUGGAAAUAAAAGUAUAUAUAAACAGCC